GUCCCAUCCCUCCCCGCGUGACGCAAGCAAACACGCUGUCGUCUCCCUCGUCGUCCUCCCCCGAACUCGAGCCGAGCCGAGCCCCGCCGCGACCCCCGAGCGCGUCUUCCCCACCUCGGCUCGUCCCCUCUACCAACGCCAUGGGGUCGUCGGAGGCCGACGAGGACCAGCUCCUCAAGAGCUUCCUUGCGGAGGUCAGCGAGACCGAGCGCGACAACGAAGUGCUCAGGAUACUUGGUUGCUUCAAGUUAAACCCCUUUGAGCAUCUUAAGUUGUCUUUUGAUUCAGCUCCAGAUGAGGUGAAGAAGCAAUAUAGGAAGUUGUCAUUGUUGGUCCAUCCUGAUAAAUGCAAGCAUCCGCAGGCACAAGAAGCUUUUGCAGCUCUGGCAAAAGCACAGCAACUCCUGCUUGAUCCACAGGAAAGAGGAUACAUUCUCGACCAAGUUACUGCUGCAAAAGAAGAGUUGAGGGCAAAGAGAAAAAAGGAGCUGAAGAAAGACAGUGCAUCCAAGAUAAAAUCCCUUGUAGAUGAGGGAAAAUAUGAAGAGCAGUUCGAACGAUCGGAUGAAUUUCAGCAGCAGCUAAUAAUUAAAGUGCGUGAAAUUUUGACGGAAAAAGAGUGGCGUAGGAGAAAAAUGCAAAUGAGGAUAUCAGAGGAAGAAGGAAGACUUAAGAAGGAUGAGGAGGAAACAAAAGAGAUGUGGAAGAGGAAGAGAGAGCAUGAAGAGAAGUGGGAGGAGACGAGAGAUCAGCGGGUCUCUAGCUGGAGGGAUUUCAUGAAGACAGGAAAGAAGGGACGGAAAGGCGAAAUCAAACCCCCAAAACUUAAGACUGAAGAUCCAAACAAGUCUUAUGUGCAGAGGCCAGUGAAGCGCAAUUAAGAGGAAUGCUAUUGGUGUCUGCCAUCAAAGAACAUCCUGUAGCGAUCCUUGGUGCCACUGCCGCUUGAUCCGAGCUGGCAGCCCUGCAAUGUUGUUCUGCAGGCUGUAAGUUUCAAAUAUGCCUUGGAGGCUCUAGUGUAGUCAGUGAACAGAUCAACAGAACGGAUAAUUAUUAGCGAAAUGCCCAUAUUACUACCUAGAGUGAUAUUGGAUUGAUGUACCCAUGAGGUCGAAAAUUUUACUGGAAAAGUAGAAGAUUCUGUUGGAAAAGAACCCUACUAAAGUGAAUGUUGAAUGCCCCAUCUCAUUACUGUUUCUUGCUUCA